CGCUUCUGGCACUUCUGAUUGGCUCAGUACUUAACCAAGCCCAAAAAGGCCCAAAUAUUUUGUUUAAAAGCUGUGAGCAAGUCCUUACAAUAGUCACUACCUAAAUCAACACAGCAACCUAUUGGCCCUUUUUAAAGCUGGAGAGGAUUCGUUUCUCGAAGACAAGCAGAUCUUGAGGAUUUACAGAAGUAUCCAGGCUUUGACUCUGAAGACCCAUCAGGAUAUUUUAUAUAUCUAUCAUCAUCCUUUUUUUCUUUUAUUUUCAAGAUGCCGCGUUUGAAGAAUCACCGAGCUUCCGCGGCAGCAAAGAGGAGAAUGGCGAAGCUACGUGCCAUGGCCUCAGAGCAGAAACUUCACAGCAUUGCCAGCCCAGCUCACUUUGGUACAGGUCACUGCCAGAGAGCGGGGAAAUGGCCAAUGUCUUUAUUGACUGGAAAAGCCCACAAGAUUGUUAUUCCAGCUGAGUCUCCAGCCAAGAAGUUUGUGCUGCUUAUUGGAGAUUCCCAUCUUCGAAGCUUGGCUGAUGGCUUCGUGAAGAUGCCUGGCGAAAUGAUUUCGUUUGGAUUCAUGUCGACUCAAGGGGCUGCUGCAGAAGAGCUGAGGAUUGAGUUGAUGAAUGCUGCAGUUCCUCGGACACCUGAAGUUGUGUGUCUUCUUGCCCCCAGCAACAACCUGACCGCCUCGAGAACCAUUGAUGAAGCUGGUGCGGCUUUUGCCAAUCUACUAUCCAGUGCCUGCAGCCGAUGGUCAAAUGUUGUGGUAGUGGAUUUCCCUCCACGACUCAGCAUGGAUGAGACUUUGCAGGAGUCUCUGCGUCAGAAGUACCAAUGCACAGCAGCUCGUAUGGGUGUGAAAUACUGGUCCAAUGUGGACCGCUUCCCUUUGGACCUUCCUGAACUAUGGGCCAGAGAUGGUAUCUGCCUGUCUGAUUCAGUGGGAAUGCAUAUCCUUGCACAGUUACUGUGGACUGCUGCCUCCAAGGAGCUGAUGAGAGUAACACAGGCUCCCAAGAGACAUACACCACUGCACGACGAGACCAUACUGCAAACACCACCAUAUUCCUUCAGGCGGAAAGUUGUUAGAGAGGGCAGAAAGGCGUUUUUGAAGGAGUGCUACAUCCUGUUGACACCACUCAAGUUUAGUCCAUACCUGCUGUUGGAUCGAUCACAUCUCUCCAAGCAAAAAGAAUUCACUGAUGCUCCCAAAGGCUUAGAGGUUAUUACAGACAAUCUUGGCAACAUUUAUGAAGUGGAAGAGAUUAAGACUGAGCCUCAUGAUGAAGUCUUCCAGCCUGUGGAGGAGGAGGUAGAAGCCAGGAGAGGAAGGGGACAUGGCCUGAGUUAAAAGCAACUCAGGUUGUUCGAUCAACUGGACACUCACGGACAUGGACUCUACUCUGUUGGAAGACCUAGGGUUUUGACCUUUCUGAGGAGGAUCCACAGUGGGACCAAGAGGGGUGGGUGAUCAGGACGGGACAUAAAAAGGACAUAUACAAAGCCCUCUCUGCCAGUGAUAAAAGACUCAGAGUAAGCAGAACCUGAAGGAUCCAGAAAGGCUUCAAGGGAGGAGGAUGAUGAAGAAGAUGAGAGAGGCAGUGAAAAACUCAAAACAAUAAUGUGAGUUUGCUGCGAACGCUUACAUUUGUUACUGAAAUAAAGAGGGACUUUAUCUCCA